AUGGAAUUUGAAUUCAAAAGUGACGGCACUCUGCGCUAUGCCAAUAACUCGAACUAUAAGAACGACGUAAUGAUCCGAAAAGAAGUGAAGGUGUCCCAAGCUGUGAUGGACGAGGUGCGUAGAAUUGUGGAGAAAAGUGAGAUCAUUCAGGAGGAUGAUGCAAACUGGCCAGAGCCUACAACGGAAGGCCGUCAGGAAUUAGAGAUUAUCUUAGACAAUAAGCACAUUUUCUUUUUAUGUUCGACGAUUAGUACAAUGGUAGCUAUUCAAAACAGUAAAGAUCCCGAGGGCUUGCGUGCAUUUUAUUAUCUGGUUCAGGAUCUGAAAUGCCUCGUUAUCUCGAUCAUUUCUCUACACUUCAAGAUUAAGCCUAUUCCUUAA